GUUCUCGCCUAUUCUGGUUACAUAUCUUUAAACAUCAGAAUUAUAAGGUGUGAAAGACACUAACAUAACUGUAAUCUACAUGCUAGAGUUAUGACAAGGCGAUUGCGAAGACGGUUGAAGUUUCUGAUCAUUGCAGUUAUUUGCAGUAGUGCAGUCUACAUGAUUCACAGCUGGUUUCAAGAAGAUGAUCAACCAGCCAAAGAAAUACAUAUUGUGACACGUAAAUCAUUAGAUCCUUCACUUACGGUUGUCCUUCAAGAUUUUGAUCCAUUCCAUAAUGAUGUGUAUAAUACUGUCAGUUACAUUGCAAAGAAUUUUACGGCAGUUAACGUCAUAGUCAUCACAGAAAAACUUCCUUAUCCGCCAAUGAAAAUACCGAAGUUGCCAAAUGUGAAGCUGCUCGUGAUGAAAAAUGAUGUGAAAAAAACGCUGAAUGACAGUAGACCUGAGUAUCAUAUUAAUACAAAUUUUGUUUUGUUUGUACCAGAUGGUGCAAUAGUUCACGAUUAUUUCAUGAGAAAGUUUAAAUAUUUUGUCGCAAAAUACGAUUAUAUGAAGUACGAAGGGUAUGCAAUACCACUAAGAGGUACAACUUUGAAAUGUCAUGGUAUUGUUUUUUCUGUUAAAACUUGGACUCUGGAAAUAGGUGGCAAAUUGCCAACUACAAAAUGUGGAUAUGUUUCAGGCGAUCAUGGAAUCUUGCUACGAACAAAACACCUGUACGAAUUAUCAAAUCCAUUUUUAACACCAACUUUCAUGUCUAUUUAUAUACAGUUAUCUCUCAUAUACUUUAAAGCCGUGAUCUUAGACGAUUUAUAUCUCAUAAGUACUAAUAAUGUAAAACCUGACGCUCAAACAAUUUGGCAGCAAAAACAGACACAUUCCCAGAAACUGAAGAAUUUGUAUUCCGAGCUCGGAGUAAAACUUGUCUUACAUGAGAACAAACGAGAAGAAUGGUAUGGUUGCCAUAAAGAUUCUUUUCGCUGUUUUGAUACGGUCUACAAUGACAUGCCUGAAUUUCUUUACCAAGAAAGAUGGACUCCGCCUUGCUGUUUAAAAAAUCUGCGUGAAACUGCAAAACAUGUUUUCGCUAUUCUUGACCAAAAUAAAGUUCGGUAUUGGCUUGAAGGGGGAAGUUUGCUUGGUGCAGCACGAAGUGGCGACAUUAUACCAUGGGAUUAUGACAUUGAUAUAGGUAUCUAUCAGGAAGAUAUUAUCAAAUGUGACCAACUUAGAAAAGUCGCAAAAGAAGGUUUUAUUGACGAAGAAGGAUUUUCUUGGGAGAAAGCAAUAGAAGGAGAUUUUUACAGAGUCCAGUUCAGUGAUACUAAUCAUUUACAUGUGGAUAUUUUUCCGUUUUAUCCGAAAAAUGGAAUAAUGACGAAAAAUACAUGGAUUAAAGCACAUAAACAAGACACUGAAUUUCCUGAACGAUUUUUAAAACCUCUUGGUAGAAUUAAAUUUGCAGGUUUAAGUGCUUCUGCACCAAAUCAUGUUAGAGAAUUUUUAGAAUACAAGUUUGGAAGAGGAGUGAUUGAAAGUCCAAAAUACCCAAAUACUAUGGUUGCAGGCUGACCACUUUAUAAUUUAGAAUUUGUUUUUUAAUGCUUUUAAUAUAUUAUUUAUUUCAGUUUAAAAUUGUAUUUUAUAAAAGCAACCUGCUGUAUACAAUGUACUGAUGUGUAUUUUUUAAAAGCAUUCUUGUAAUAUUCAGGAACAAUGAUGCCUCUGGAGAAGCUUACAGUUUUUUCUUUCAGUCUUCAGAAAUAAUUCUUACUUUUACAGAACUUUUAGUCUUCAUUUGUAAGUUUUUCUUGCUCAGUUUAAGCAACUGAAAGUAGUUCAGGGUUGUGUCAUUGCUGUGAGGUAAAUAUGUUAGUCAAAUUAUUAUUAUUAUCCAGCAAUGGACCAAAGCAGUUCUACAUUGUUUAUUAAACUUUUUGUCAUAAAACCAUUUAAAAUAGCAGAUUUCUUACUAAAGUUGUUGUAUUCUUACAAUUAUAUCCAGUAUGUACUGGUAUACCUCAGUUACAUAAAGGUACAUACUGCUAUCUACCAAAACAGGUAAAACCAGUACACUGAUGAAUAUCAGGCAUCCCCACUGUAAUUAAAUUUAUCAAUGUUAUGUCUUGGUCAAGUUAUGUGCUAUCCUUUGUAGGUAUCAAUGACUUCAACCUAUUCAUCAUAUCUCUUUUAGUUUGCGUAUAAAUAUUUAAAUAAGGUUAAUAAGAAUUACUUCCCUUUAAUUUUGUAUAUUUCUUGAUAUUGAAAUAAGCAUGCAUUUCUAAUUCUUACUGCAUGACAGAUAUAUAUUGCGACAACUUAGGAUCGUUGUUACAAAAUGUUGAUGCUCAUUUUCGAUUCUUUUCUUAUUUCUCAGUCACAGUGUAUUAAAGAUACCAUAUAAAUCCAUCUACAAGAUGAUCAUUCUAUAAGAUGGGUUCCUUUAAUUACGUCAAAAUCAGCAGUACCAAAUUUUGCAGACUCUUUUCAUAAAUAUUUCAAGUCAGUGACAUUGACUCGCUUAUUGUUAAAGAUGAGGCUACAUAAUUUAUCAGAUUUUUAUGUCAAAAAAACCUUGUCUUGUAUUAAUAGGCAAAUUAAAAUACAGUGUACAUUUUACCUAAAGUUUGGUUCAAAUGAAGAUUUCGAUUUUUUUUCGUGCCAGCUGUGAAGCUUUAUCCUUUUCAAAGCAAGUUGCUGGUACAGUCAAACACUGCUCUAACUAGGAUAAUUUGUACUCUACCCUCCGCUUGAACUCUCAGCAAAAUAUCUAGGUAGUGUAGUAUAUUUUUCGAUGGCUUGAAAGUUUGUGUUGUAACAUUAUAAUUAUAUUGAUUCAUUUCGGACAUAGAAUAUUGGUGAUUGGACAUUCCUUAUGAUACCAGUCAGUACUAGGUUACCAAAUUGUUACUUACAUAUACAUGCAACUGUUCCAUUGUGAUGUACAUAUAUAUAGGUUUUCAUGUAAAAAUAAAAGGUACUAUAUGGUUUCACGGCGGGGAAUCACAUGAUCAGAAUAAUCUCUGAACCAAAAUAAAUUUAUUAACCAAAUGGGAAAAUAUUGAAGCAUCUUUUGCUGUAAAUCUAAAAUAUAGCCGAUCAUAUGGCAACAUAGAUGUAUCCUAAAACUGCAUAGAUUUCAAUCACAAUCCCCUUCUAAUUAUCUGGAACACUUCAAGAAACUGAGACUUCCUAUUUUCCAUAGUGUUUGUAAUUACAGGAUAUUUAACAUUAUAAUUAUCAAUAAUUUAACAAUUUUCAUUCAUCAUAUGUUAGGCUAUGUUUAAAUUUCAUAUCUUAUCAUGGUAGGAAUUUUAUUCAUGUGUUUCAAAUUAUAAAUUUGGUUUAUAGAUUGUUUUGAUCAUUUGAGUCUCUAAAGUGUGGUUUAAUUUUUCAAACUGUACAUUUUUACAGAUUUUUAUUAUUUGCUCAUGGCUUUUAGUUUAAUAAAACAUUUUUACCUUCAUUUUGUAAGCUGUAUUUGAACAGGAGAUGUUUGUAAAAUAAACAAGCUUUCCUUCCUCACAAUGGCAUUUUAAGAUAACCGAGUAUAUGAUUUUCAGUCUUAUUUAUGCAUAAUGAUCUUUAACUUUGACCUAAUGGCCCCAAAGCAUUAAGUGCCAUCGUUUGAACAGAGACACUCUACAUAUGUACAUAUGUAGGCCAAAGCAUUCUCCAGUGAUUAAUUGUAACAGUUUAUGUACUGACUCAAAACUUUAGCAAUUCAUCAAUUGAUCAAAUGCAAUCAUUUUCAGUCUCGAUGUCAUUGUGACCUUACUGUUGGCAUUAACAAUAGAGGUAAACUACUGACCAAAAGCAGAUGUCUGUGUAAUUCUGAAUCAUUCUCCAUUUAUUGAUUGGAAAUUGUUUUCAGCCCAAUGAUCACUAGCUACAUUCAGUCAUCCUAUCAAGUUUGACAGUAAUAGGCCAAGACUUUCUGUACUUGCCGUAUUUUCCGGACAAUAGGCUGCUGCACCGUAUUGGCCGCAGCCAUAUAUUUUAACUAUAUCAGAAAUAAAAUUUAACAUUUAGGUCGCUCCGGGAUAUUGGCCGCGGUCUAACACCACUAAGCGGCAAACAUAACCAUGUCGUCUAAAAACUGUCCUCGAUAAAUAGUCAUUGAAAUCGGUUGUAUUUUUAGGUAAUUACACUUUGUAAUCUGUCAGAUGUAGUGAACUGUUAAGUCCGAAUGUAAGUUUCUUGAGCUGGUUAUAAAGGCCCUCUCGGCAAAAUUGUCGUUUCUGUACAUUUAACACGAGUCGACUGGCUUUCAAAAUGCAAGUGAAAAAUUAAAACUGUUGUAUAGACCACAUGAAAGGCCCAUUUAGAAAAAAAAAACUGACGUAUAGGCCGCUUCGACGCAUAGGCUGCACCCCUGAAAAUUUCACUUUUUUAAACGUAUAGGCCACGGCCUAUUGUCUGUAAAAUACGGUACUGAAAGUAAAAUAUUUUUUACCCUUUGAUGUCGACAACAAAACAAAAGUGGCCAUCUACUGACCAAAAGCAAUUAUCCCUCUUAAGUUCGGUAGCCAUAGGCCCAAGCAUUAUUCAGUUAUUGACAGUUUUCAAGUGAAAGAUUACUGUUGCCAUUGACCUACUGACCCGACAGCAAAAGGAAACAUCCUCCUACUGGGACUACCAUCCUUCGAAGACUGACUGUUGUAUGUCAAAUUUUUGUUUACUGACUGGAUACAAAAUGGUUUACAUGUAUUAACAGACCUGAGCAAAACAAUUUACUGCCUGUCUUUAUAAGGGGGCCUUUAAAAUGAAAUACGCACCACAGUAAACUUAUUUACAGGCCAAAUGGGUUUAGUAUACAAAGAUUGCAUUUCGGAUUCAUAUGAAAUAUAUUGACCCCAUUGCAGAAUAUUUUCAAUAUGAUAUGCCAUUCUGUUUGCACUUUUUCAUGUACAGUUAGAAUUAGAAUCACAAAGUAAUUUUCAGUAAGUAUUAAAGUAUGAAUUGACCUAUGGUCUCAGAACAUUUAAAACAUGUCCAUGUUUUCCAUACACAAAUGAAAGCUGCAAAAAAACACGAUUCAUUUGUAAAAUAAAAUUGGUGCAACUUUCUUAUUCUUUAAACAAAGAGCUUUUGAUAUCAUUAUAUUGCAUUUUUCCAUAUGGCUAUUACCUUGAAGAUGCUGCUGACCUGUCUCCGUUGUUGCUCUUUGUAAUCUCAUUGGGUAUUUAUCUCAUUUUGUAUUUACUUCAUUGUGUGUUUAUCUAAUUGCAUAUUCACCUCAUUGGGCAACUGCCUCAUUUGGUAUUUAUCUCUUUGGGCAUUUACUUCAUUGCAUAUUUAUCUCAUUGUAUAUUUACCUCAUUUGGUAUUUACCUCAUUGGGCACUUAUCUCACCUUGAUGCAUCUGACAACCAUAUUUUUAUUGUAAAAGGGAAUAAAUUUAAAACAGAACUAUCUCUUUGGUGUUUAGCAAAUUUUUAAUCUCAAAUAUGCAAUAAAAUUUUUAAAUAUUGAAAAAAUUAUUCCAAAAUAUCUAGUAAAGGCAGGAAUCAUAUUUAACAUCACAGAAAUGCAUCAUAUUUGCAAGUAUGGAAAUAAAUACAUUAAAACAGUUUCAUAUGUACAUAAUGUUAUCUUUAACAGAAACUUAACUACAUGUAAAUUGUUUCAGGAACGCCUUGGUUCCUUCUCAAAAUUUGCAAUAAACAUAGAAUUGCAAAAACAAAAUAAUUUCAGUUAUAUUUUUUUGCACAGUUUAUAUAAUUUUGUUGCGAUUCAAAAAUAUCUGACCUGCUUAUAAAUUUAAAUAAAGGUACUCGGUAGUUUCUGUGCAUAGGCAAUAUGUUACAGUCACAGUAAUUUGUAUUCCCUUAAAAUUGGGAGUUUCUGUGAGGAAUAUUUUCUCAAAAUAACUAACAAUGAUCAGAAAAAAAAUCUCUCAAAAAAUUCGGACAGAAUAUGAUACAGUACACAAUACUUGUAAUUUUGCACUAUAAAGGGGAGAGUAAAACUGGUCAAAUUGUGAAUUUGAUUUGAUUUAUUCCCAAGUGCACGUGUUUGUAUAUAUAUUUGCAUGGUUCUAAAUCACUGUGACUGUACAGAUGAAACAUUUGUUCAAACUUCUCCAGACACUGUAGCACCUAUGCAAAACUUUCUCAGGCCAUAAUAAAACUGUUUGAGUAUCACUGCUACUUUAUUUAUAAUGAAUAAAAUAAAAAUCUUACUAACUGCAACUUUCAGCUAGUAUGAAUACAACUGAAAAAUAUCA